AUAUGUAAAUUCUACCUGUGAAUCAGAAAAUUCGGCUGAAAGCAAAAAGAGGAGUUUUGGGAAACCCAGCGUAGCUAUGGCAAUGAAAUUUGACGAGGAUGGAUUAAGAAACUUUAAGGAUUUCUUACUAACAUAUAAUAAAUUAUCUGAGGCCUGUUUCAACACUUGUAUCCUAAACUUUAACUCAAGAAAUCUAACUUCUGAAGAGGUUGGAUGUGCAGACGUUUGUGUUUCUAAAUCUUUAAAUUUUAACAAUAAGGCUGUUGCAGUUUACAUGGUUGAACAGCCUCGACACACUGAGAAAAGGAUGAAGGAAGCUCAUAACAUGGAUGAGUUUAUGAAGGAGAUGACCUUUGUAAGAAAGAUGGACAACGCCAGACUUUCCAGACAGUACUCCAAACUGAAGUUUGCAGAUAUAUCUCUUGGACAGCUUCGGAAGAACCAAGAAAAUCAGUCUCAUGUCCCUGGAAUUGAUACAGAUACACUCUCCCCUCAAGAUAUUGCAGCUGCUGCUAUGGCGGAGCGAAGUAAAGAUCUCUAA